GAUUAUCAUGUAAUACUUUUGUUGAAAGAAGAUGAUGAAAAUACUAAUAAAAAAAGAUCAUGGAUAUAUGACCUUGAUACCACCCUAUCGUUCCCAUGCGAUUUUGAAACUUUUGCAAAAGAAUCUUUGCCAUUUGUUGAUUUGCCAGAAUAUCAUAGAAUUGUCCCUUCUGAGACAUUUCUCAAGGUGUUUUCAUCAGAUCGAAGUCAUAUGGCCAAAACUACUGGAGUUGUUAUUUCUCCACCUAAUUAUCCACCCAUUUCUACACUCGAAAGUAAAAUGAAUCUUCCAUCUUUUGUUUCCAUGACUGAGAAUUUAGAUUCUGUUGAUUUUGGCAAAGUUUUAGAUGAGAAACAGUUUUUUAAAUUCUGCGGUUUGGCAAAUUAA